UUUGCCGUCAUCCAGCUGGUCGCUAUGGCGAAAUACAGUAAUCAGCAUGAUGGAUAUGAGCGACUGCUCCAAACAGACUGUCACAUGCAGCAACAGUUACCAGCUAACGACGUGCAGCCGACACGCAAGUUCACUCUACAAUCCAUGCAGCCAGUGUAGCAAACUUAAUUCGCCUUCGGCUGCUUGAUAGUACACACAUCCUUUCUUUCUUUCGUACUCUCAGCUUCAUGAUUUUUUCGAAAUGCAUCAACCUUAGCUUGAUUCACAUGUUUGUUAUUUUUACCGCAUUUGAAAUGCCAAACUAUACGGACUGUAGUGAUCACGGAUCAGUUGCGAUCCGAGAUGAGUCGCAGUCAAGAUGUUACGUAGGAGGUAGGACUACUGCCUUACAUUCGUCUGAGUCGGCAGCACCAUAUUAAUCCACUCUGUGCGGGGCUCCAUUAAUUUCCGCGAAGAUUCCGUUUACACCACUUUUUGCCAGUUUGGGUUUUGUAUUAGUGUUGCUAUCGGCCAUGGAUUAUUCGGCAGAAGACGCCGCUUUUUAUAACCGCUUGAAUUGUACGGCAAAUAAUUCAGCGGAUGUGCUAAUGUUCCUGAACCAGAGUGAUCCCGGAUAUUUGGCCCAAAGAUACAGCUACAUCAUUAUUCUGCUCGUUUUGGCCGGUUUCGGUGUGGCGCUUAAUGCCGGCAUGAUAGCGCUUCUACUGAAAAGUGUCAUAUAUCGUCAUUCGACGCUAAGCAGCUUAUUACUGCAGUUAUUUGUGGCUAAUCUGAUGGUGCCGGUGUUCUGUCUACUGGCUGACGGGAUCUGGAACAUCACCGUGCAGUGGUUGGGUGGGGAUCUUCUCUGCCCCGCCAUCAAAUUUUGCCAGAUGUUCAGUUUAUACGCGAGCACGUUAAUCCUGACCGGAAUGAGCAUUGAAACCUGCAUCACUGUAACAUUUCCACUGAGUAAAUCCAGUCAUUCCGAGAGUCUGUCGCGGGUGAAGGUCAUCAGUGGUUUUGUCUGGCUGGUCUCGUCGAUGUUCAGUGUGCCGCAGGCAGUAAUCUUCCAUACGGAUCGCGCCCCAAUUUGCACCAAAUUCUAUCAAUGCGUCACUCACGGCUUUUAUUCGAGCGCCGAUCAAGAGCUUGCCUACACCUUAGCUACUCUCACCGUCAUGUGCUUGAUUCCGCUGUGCAUUAUUGUAAUCUGCUAUUUGGUAAUUUCCGUGGCCAUCACACAGGAAUCGCGGAUGGCGGCCGGAAGUCUUGAUUCUGCCGCAAAUUCGCGAUUGUGUGCAUGUCACCCAGAAGAAAUUUCCAGGCCUAAUGCGCACACUGCCGCGAUGUUAUGUCCUAGCAGUAUGGGUCACGGUCAUUGGCUUUAUCGGAAAACCCGCAAAAUAUCCUUGUGGAUGACUUUUAUUACGGCUGCCAGUUUUGUUAUCUGCUGGGUGCCGUACUAUGUGGGAAUGCUUGGAUAUUUGUUCCACUGGACAGUGUCCACUAACACAAUGACUAUCAUUUUUUUGUCUGGGUCCCCCAACAUUUUAUCCGGCGGAAAACGUAUGAUGGCAUCGUGGAAUAGCUUCGUAAAUAAGUGA